AUGCAGUGCAACACCAAGGGAAGUGAGGAGAAGACAACCCCAGUGGAGGGGGUGGGAAGCACAUGCCGGAAUCAAUGGAUGGCACAGCUGCAGCUCUGGGUGCUGUGCAUGAGCCUCGGGCCGCAAUUGGCUCGUGUGCCGAAGACGGAGUGGGCGCUGACCCAUCGCCAAUAUGCGCUGCACGAAAGACGCUGCCCUGGACGCUUCGAGUCAUAG